AUUCAUUUUUCUUUUGUUAUUAUAUUUCUUCUACAAGGUAUUUUAUGCUGAAACUUAAGAGUUUUGAAUGCAGCGUAUCGGUUCACUUUUUUGUAGGAGAUAUGUUUGUUCCUCAUGAAUGCUGAUUAGGGGUUGGUGAAUGAUUGUAUGAAACUGGUAUGCUUUCCUAGUAACUACAGCGAAGAUGAUGGUGGGAUGACAUGUUAUGUUAUUGACAAACUCUCCACAUAAAUGGAACUAAAUUCUAGAAUCUAGAGCUUGUUGAUUUCUUGAUUAAAAAUAUAGACUAGAUGGAAUAAAGUAGCUAGGAAGUUAUUACAACUUUCCUUUUGCUAACUUCUUUAUAGACGUUUGGAGAAUCUUUGGCUCUCGUCGUAAUCUGUUGGAGGGAUAUUGUUAAGCAGAAGCUAUCUGCUGUGCCUUCUAAACUUGAAUUUGCAAUAACUUUUAGGAGUAUUUAUAUUGAUCUCUGGAUUUAAAGUGUUGUGGAGAUGUUAAAUUCACCUCAAGGGCAUAAGCAGAGCCUCCAAAAAUCCAUGCGAAAAGUCUCAUCCGGUGCCUCACAUAAAGAUUUGUGGCUUGCUGUGCAAGAAGGGUCCUUGCCUGAUGUAGAUUCAGCAUUGGCGCUAUUGAAGAAGAAUGGAAGUAAUAUCAAUUCAAGGAACAGUUUGGGUCUGACUCCUCUUCACAUUGCAACCUGGAGAAACAACAUUCCCAUUAUUCGAAGGCUUCUAGCAGCUGGUGCUGAUCCCGAUGCUAGGGAUGGAGAAUCAGGGUGGAGUAGCCUUCAUAGGGCUCUGCAUUUCGGUCAUCUUGCUGUAGCAAGUGUUCUUCUCCAGUCUGGUGCUUCUAUUACAUUGGAAGAUUCAAAAUGUAGAACACCUGUAGAUCUCUUGUCAGGACCUGUCUUGCAGGUUUUUGGAAGUGAGCAGGAUUCAGUAGCUACUGAAGUGUUUAGCUGGGGAAGUGGUGUGAACUAUCAACUUGGAACUGGAAAUGCCCACAUACAAAAGCUACCUUGCAAACUUGAUUCAUUUCAUGGCUCUAAAAUCAAGUUGAUUUCUGCUGCUAAGUUCCACAGUAUAGCUGUCACAGCUCGUGGAGAAGUCUACACCUGGGGCUUUGGAAGAGGGGGCCGUCUUGGGCAUCCUGACUUUGACAUUCAUAGUGGUCAAGCUGCAGUUAUCACUCCCCGCCAAGUGACUUCUGGUUUAGGGGCUCAUCGGGUGAAAGCAAUUGCUGCAGCUAAACAUCACACUGUAAUUGCUACUGAGGGUGGGGAUGUGUUCACUUGGGGAUCCAAUAGAGAGGGUCAGCUGGGCUAUACAUCUGUGGAUACCCAACCAACACCACGGAGAGUAAGUUCACUUAGAUCGCGAAUAGUUGCUGUUGCUGCUGCAAAUAAGCAUACUGCUGUUGUGUCUACGUCUGGCGAAAUUUUCACAUGGGGCUGCAACCGAGAGGGUCAACUUGGCUAUGGCACCUCUAAUUCAGCAUCAAAUUACACACCAAGAAUAGUUGAGUAUUUGAAAGGCAAGUUCUUUGUAGGUGUAGCAACUGCAAAGUACCACACAAUUGUUUUGGGAGCUGAUGGUGAGGUAUAUACCUGGGGUCAUCGACUAGUCACACCUAGACGAGUUGUCAUUACUAGAAAUUUAAAAAAGAGUGGAAGCACCCCCAUGAAAUUCCAUCGGAAGGAACGACUUCAUGUGGUUGCAAUAGCUGCUGGGAUGGUACAUAGCAUUGCUAUGACUGAAGAUGGAGCAUUAUUUUAUUGGGUUUCCUCAGAUCCUGAUCUUAGAUGCCAACAGUUAUAUUCGAUGUGUGGAAAAGAAAUGGUAAGCAUAUCUGCGGGCAAGUAUUGGACUGUGGUUGCCACUGCUACAGGUGAUGUUUACAUGUGGGAUGGCAAACAAUGUACAGACAAAACACCUGUUGCAACUCGGUUACAUGGCAUUAAGAGGGCUAUAUCAGUUUCAGUCGGUGAAACUCAUCUUUUGACUAUUGGUUCUCUCUACCACCCUGUGUAUCCUCCCAAUAUGCGCAGAAUUGAUGAGGAACCAAAGUUGAAAGUUAAUGAUGAAUUAGAAGAACUUGGUGAGGAAUGUAUGUUUGAUGAUUCAGAGUCAAGUAGCAUAACGUACGUGCAUAAAAAUGACUCUGAGAAGAAGCCCAUACCAAGCUUAAAGAGUCUUUGUGAGAAAGUCGCAGCAGAGUGUUUAGUAGAGCCAAGGAAUGCAAUUCAACUACUUGAAAUUGCAGAUUCUCUUGGAGCGGAUGAUCUGAAGAAGCAUUGCGAGGAUAUUGUUAUUCGUAACUUGGACUAUAUUUUAACAGUUUCAUCACAAGCUUUUGCUACUGCUGCACCAGAUGUUCUAGCUAAUCUUGAGAAGUCAUUAGACCUUAGAUCAUCUGAAUCAUGGAGUUACCGACGGCUUCCCACUCCCACGGCUACCUUUCCGGUUAUAAUUAAUAGCGAAGAGGAGGAUAGUGAAGGCGAGGUUCUAAGGACCCGUAAUAACAAGAAGAAUAAGAACCUUUUGGAAAAUGAAGGAGACAGAUCAGAUUCCUUUCUGCAACCUAAAGAUGAUCCUAACGUUGGUAUUUCCAAACAAGUUCGAGCUUUGUGGAAGAAGUUGCAGCAGAUUGAGGUGCUUGAAGUGAAGCAGUUGAGUGGAUGCAUCCUUGAUGACCAGCAAAUUGCAAAGUUGCAAACAAGACCUGCUAUUGAAAAUUCUCUUGCUGAGAUAGGUGUUCCGGUUGAAAGAUUGCAGUUGAAAGGAUCAUCUUCAUUUCUACCUGAUGGAAAAGGAAAUAAAAAGGCCGAGGUUUCGAGAAAGCAGAAGAGGAAGAACAAACAAAGGGUAGCUCAAGAUGAGACAGUAUCUGGUUUUAGUAUUAGUGACAAAAUGAAAUCUGUGAAGGACUUCCCUGACAUUGAAAUCCCCCAAGUUUUAAUGAGCAAGGAAGAAAAUGCUAGGUCAGAAGGAGCUACAGCAAACGAAGCCUCCGAAGAGUCUACUUUCUUUGUUCAGAAAAAGGAGAGUUCGGUGCCCGCAAAAGAUAAGGGUACUCCACAAACAGCAACCAAGAAGAAGAAUAGGAAAGGUGGACUCUCUAUGUUUCUGAGUGGUGCUCUUGAUGACACCCCCAAACAAGUUACUCCCCCGCUGCCAUCAACACCGCAUAGUGAGGGCCCUGCAUGGGGUGGUGCAAAGGUUUCAAAGGGAUCUGCUUCACUUCGUGAAAUUCAGGACGAGCAGAGCAAGCUACAGGUGAAUCAGCAAACUGGAAGCAAAACCCAAGUGGAAGAUCUUUCUGCUGGUAAAGGUGAAGGUAAAAUCCUGCUGAGUUCAUUUUUAUCAUCCAAGCCAAUUCCCGUGGUCUCGGUUCAAUCAUCACAGGCACCUGAUGUACAGAAAAGCACGCCUCCUUGGGCUUCUUCCGGUGCCCCUCCUCAUCCGUCUCGUCUGUCUCUCAGGGACAUCCAAAUGCAGCAGGGGAAGCAACUGCAGAGUUUUUCUAACAGUCCGAAAAUGAAAAUGUCCGGGUUUUCAGUAGCUUCUGUUCAAGGGUCACCAUCUGAUUCUCCAGGGAUGAACCGCUGGUUCAAACCGGAGGUGGAAGCACCAUCAACAAUUCGUUCAAUUCAGAUCGAAGAGAGGGCUAUGAAGGACCUUAAACGCUUCUACAGCAGCGUCAAAGUUGUAAAAAACCAGUCAUAAGAGAGCCAAUUGAUACUUGGCUGUUUCAAGUGGUACCAAGGCUUUAUUUUCUCACCUCGGUGGUUAAAUGUAAAUUUGACUGUACAGAUCUUCCAGUGCAUUUAAUCACCUUUUUAAGGUUAACUUCAACAUAACCUCUUUUUUUUUAGAUCAUGGAAGAUCUUUUAAGUUUUUCUUGGUCUAACUUAUGAAAAUAAUGUUCAUCUCUGGGAACUCGUUUCUUGGAUUUUUAGCUCAUUUUUUGUAUAAUCAGAAAGCAAUAAAUUGAGCCUUUCAACUUUA